AGAGCUGUCCUUUAAGAAAGGAGAUACUGUUUAUAUCCUCAGGAAAAUUGAUCAAAACUGGUAUGAGGGUGAGCACCAUGGAAGAGUUGGAAUAUUCCCUAUUUCCUAUGUCGAGAAACUUUCUCCCCCAGAAAAAGCACAGCCUGCCAGGCCACCGCCCCCUGCACAGAUUGGAGAGAUUGGAGAAGCUGUUGCCAAAUAUAACUUCAGUGCAGACACAAAUGUGGAGUUAUCUCUUAGAAAGGGAGACAGAGUAAUUCUUCUUAAGCGAGUUGAUCAAAACUGGUACGAAGGUAGAAUACCAGGAACCAACAGACAAGGCAUCUUUCCUGUUUCCUAUGUAGAAGUCAUCAAAAAGAAUGCAUCAAAAAGCGUUGAUGACUACCCUGAUCCUCCAAUACCCCAAAGCUAUUCUAGUGACAGAAUACACCAUUUAAGUUCAACUAAGGCUAAUUUAAAGAGAGAGAUAUUUGUUAUGGGUAAACCGCCUCGUAGCCCAGUGAUGACUAAGAGAUCCUGCAGCUCACCUGUCAGAGGUCACAGCUAUUCACACAGGCCACAGCGCCCUGUGCUUGCUCAUGAAAACAUACACAGUGGGGGGGAACCGUUUCAGGCUCUAUAUAACUAUACUCCUAGGAACGAAGAUGAAUUGGAGCUCAGAGAGGGAGAUGUCAUUGAUGUGAUGGAAAAAUGUGAUGAUGGAUGGUUUGUGGGAACCUCAAGAAGAACCAAAUUCUUUGGUACUUUCCCUGGAAACUAUGUCAAGAGGCUGUGAAUUUUUUUCCUACUUAUUUAUGCUGCAUCUCUGCAACACAUCUGCAUAAAGCUGCUAGAAAACAUGCUACGCUGGCCCUCUGUUUUCUUGCUUGCAGUCUCAAAUAGAGGCCAUCUAGUUCAUCCUCAUCCCAUCCCAUCCGCCAAACCGUUCCAGCAGUAUUACAGCAACGACCACGGUGCGGAUAACUAAGCUUUUCUGAAACAAGAGGAGUCGUUUCAACAUUUAAGUACUCCCUAUUUUAAAGUCUUUUCCUUCGAAACACAAUAGGAAAAGCCUGAUGACAGGUACACUGAUGAAUUGCCAGGGGGGAUUGGGAGGGGGAGAAACUUCUUGGUUUGGACAUUGGUGGUACUAUCAUGAAGUCUGAUGGGAUCUUUUUCAGCAUGCAUGUAAUACAGGGGGAAGUUGCUGUUUACUAUUUUUAAAAAAAUUGUUUGAGUUUCCACGUUCUUAUUAGCUUGGCAGCAUUUCUUGCUUUCACUUUGCCGUAUCACAGGUUUGCCUAUUGUACUGGUUUACAAUGUAUGACAAAUUAUAAUAUAGGUUUUUUGCCUGCACUUG